CCCUGCCCGUGCCCCCCAGGCGCCCAGCCCUGCAGCCCCAAGUACUUUGGCCGCGAUGCCAUGGUGUGCGUCUGCAACGCCACGUACUGCGACACGCUGGACCCCCUGGUGCUGCCGACCCCCGGCACCUACGUCAAAUACGAGAGCAGCAAGGCCGGCAAGCGGCUGGAGCGCAGCGAGGGGAGCUUCCAGCGCAACGCCAGGACCCCAGAUUUCCAUCUCACCCUGGACACGGCGCAGCGGUACCAGAAGGUGAAGGGCUUUGGUGGCUCCGUCACAGACUCAGCUGCCAUCAACAUCCAGUCCCUGUCCAAGGAUGCCCAGAACCACCUACUCCGCUCCUAUUUCUCCGAGGAAGGCAUUGAGUACAACCUCGUGCGCGUCCCCAUGGCCAGCACCGACUUCUCCGUCCGCCUGUACACCUACGCUGACGCUGAGGGCGACUUCGAGCUGAAGCACUUCAACCUGACGGAGGAGGACACGCGGAUGAAGAUCCCCAUCCUCCAGGCAGCCCAGGCAGUGGCCAAGCGGCCGCUGUCGCUGUACGCCAGCCCCUGGACCUCUCCAACCUGGAUGAAGACGAACGGCGCGAUGACGGGGAGGGGGACGCUGAAGGGCAGCCCUGGGGACAAGUACCACCAGGCCUGGGCCAAGUACUUCAUCCGGUUCCUGGACGAAUACGCCAAGCACAACCUGACCUUCUGGGCAGUGACGGCGGAGAACGAGCCCACCGCCGGGCUGAUCAACAACUACCCCUUCCAGUGCCUGGGCUUCACGGCCGAGCAGCAGCGGGACUUCAUCGCACGGGACCUGGGCCCUGCGCUGGCCAACAGCUCCCACCGCGACGUCCGGCUCAUCAUCCUGGAUGACAACCGGCUCCACCUCCCGCACUGGGCCAAAGUGGUUCUGGAGGAUGAGGAGGCAGCUCGCUACGUCCACGGCAUCGGCAUCCACUGGUACCUGGACUUCAUCGGUCCCAUCCAGGACACAGUGGUGCCCACUCACGAGCUUUUCCCAGACUACUUCAUCCUGGCCACGGAAGCGUGCAUCGGGGCCCAUUUCUGGGAGAGGGAUGUGAUCCUGGGCUGCUGGGAGCGGGGGAACCAGUACAGCCACAGCAUCCUGACGAACCUGAACCACUUUGUGGCUGGCUGGACCGACUGGAACCUGGCCCUGGACCUGGAGGGGGGCCCCAACUGGGUCAAGAACUAUGUGGACAGCCCUGUCAUCGUGGACGCCAGUGAAGGCAUCUUCUACAAGCAGCCCAUGUUCUACCACAUGGGGCACUUCAGUAAGUUCAUCCCUGAGGGCUCCCAGCGCGUGGGGCUCGUUGCUUCCAAAGAAUCCAAGAAGAUGGACCUGGAGUACACGGCUUUCCUGCGCCCCGACGGCGCGGUGGUGGUGGUGGUUCUGAACCGGUGAGCGAUGCAGCCCAGCCCACGAGGGUGGG